AUGGGUGUGGAAGACCUCAUGUGCGAGCCCUCCGACGUGGGGGCCACGGGUGAUGUUGGUGGUGUCGUCACGUCUCAGUCUCAGACCACGGGUGCUGGUGCGUCGAACUCGUCACCUCCAGCGAAAAAGGUGGCGAGCACGAGUAAAGCAGGCAAAAAUGAAAGCAAGACUUCAGGCGGAACAUCUUCACCGCAAAGACAACGUUUACCGGAACAGGUGGCGAAAAUGCAGGUGCCGACCAUGGCUGAACUAGAGCAACGGCCAGAUGUCCAGCUGCGUCUACGCCGUGCGCUUGAAGACCAUCCUCUGUACCGUAAAUUGCAACGUCCAUAUUCUCCGGUACUGGAAUGGAACCCCUAUGACACGUGCAACUUGAUUCAGCACGAGCUCGACGAAGAACUGACGAGACAGCCAUCGCUCUAUGAUAUCUUUGCUGCUCCGGGAACGGCCGCUGGCGGAAUCUUUGGAUCAUCUGCAGUGGUUGUUCCAACUACGACUGCGAAACCAUCUCUACUUGACAAAAAAGAUGCAGGAGAAGGAGCAGGAGAAGGAGAAAAGGACAAGAAUAAGAAAGACAAAGAGAAAGAAAGGAGCAAAGAGCUGUUACCACCGGAUGAAAUGACGCCAUCGCAACUGCAGCCCACAUUUGGCGCGCCAGGUUUUUACGAGGGUUUAGAGGGAUAUUUGGAACGUCAGGUGAGUGCUUAUGCGGAGUGGUACGCGGGAGGCCUCGAAAAGAUGCACAAAAUCGAGCGCGAGCGCCGUCUUUGGACGCGAGCUAUCGAAAUAUUAAGGCUCACAACAAUUCAUCUUGGGAAGCAUCUGUAACCCCUCUGCUAAGUAGGGGGAAACACGUCAGAGAUGCGCUUAAAGAUGAAUAUCUAUGUGUGGGGUCUAAAAAUAGCGGAGGAUUACGAAGCAGAUUGGCAGGAGGAAGCUGACGAAAUCCUGAGGAACAACCCUGCUUUAGCCGCCAGUAGAGGACGAGACGGCCAAGGAGGAAAAGGUGGCGCAGGUGGAGACUUUGAUUACGAGAAUAUCAACUUUGCGGCAGAGGAAGGUGGCAUAGCAGAGAUCGAAGCGGCUAUGCGGGAGACCGCGAAACAGAUCGAGCUGAACCGACAGGGCUUAAAUCUAGGGAAUGUGAAAGGCAGAAGACUCCUCGCAAGCGAGAAAAUCGAACAAGAGGCAAAGAAAGCAGAAGAGGAAGCUGCGGAAAAAGAGGGGAGGCUAACGAAGUUUCAACUGGAAGAACUGAGAGCUAGCGUCGAGCUCGCUCUUGACCCAGCAUCAGGGCAACCUGUCGACCCUAAUUCUGGGAAGCCCAUUCCUUUAGACGAGCUUAGACGGUUGCACGAGAAAACGACGGCAGAACGGUUGGCAGCUGAAAAGGCAGAGUUAGAAAAAGCGAGUAAACCUCAGCGAUCCCAAUUCAUCGGCGUUGACCCUUACACACGGGAACGGCAUUUGUCAGCCGAUCAGUUGGACGAUCGCAUGCAAGACUUGUUUGGUCAGAGUAAAUACGUUUUUCUGCGACGCUACCUGCAAAAAAAUCCCUUGCGCAACGUCUUUUUGGAAGCGGAGGAGGACUACGCCUAUCAAAGCUUGGUGGCUGACCGCGCACACGCGACGCACAGCGGACGGCAGUCUCCAGCGUAUCCGUUUAGCCCUCAUGCCAGUGGUCGGUCCACGCCUAAAAAAGCCGCCCCAAGCGGCGGCUUUGCUGUUGCACAACAAGAGGCUCCGUUGGUGGUCGACUUGGAGGAGCAAAAUCGCUUGAAGGUUCCAGCGAGCAUCUCUUUGACAAAGCCGAGCUACCCAGGCGUGGCAACGACCCCGCGUGGCGACGGUACGACCUCUACUGCUGCGCCAGGCACACCGCGAAGUGUAGGACAGCUGUUGCACUUGCAACAGCUGCCCUUGCACCCCAACGGCGCGCCGCCACCUAUGCUGCUGAACAGCGCCAACCCACGCGUGCGCGCUACAAUUAACCGACGUGCUGGAGGCCGUGGGACGCGCGCUGUGCUCCCAACGGACUGGCACGGACGACUUCUGUCCAGAUGGUGGGACCUGCAGGGUCAAUUGA